AUGGCCGCCGACGAGAUCAAUCCGUACAUCGCCUACGAGGCCCGCCUUGCCUCGUUUCAGAAGAACACAAAGAAGAGAGGCUCGACUGCCAGCGGCCGUGGCAAGGCGCUCACCUGGCCGCACAAGCAGAUCGCGCCGGCAAGCCUCGCCAACGCAGGCUUCUACUUCAAUCCGACCCCCGCCUUCCCUGACAAUGUCACCUGUUUUCUAUGCGGCAAAGGCCUCGACGGCUGGGAGGCGGGCGACGACCCGCUCCUGGAACAUCUCAAGCACGCGUCCCACUGCGGCUGGGCUGUCGUGGCUGCCGUCCAAGCCGAAGUGGCCGACUACGCCCAACAGGACCCCAGCUCGCCCGACAUGAUCGAGGCGCGCAAGGCCACGUUUGCGGGCAUGUGGCCCCACGAGGGCAAGAAGGGAUGGAAGUGCAAGACCAAGCAGCUCGCCGACUCUGGAUGGAAAUACACGCCUACUGCCGAAUCUGACGACAUGGCAACGUGCACUUACUGCGACCUGGCGCUUGAUGGAUGGGAACCUGGGGAUAAGCCAUACGACGAGCAUUACAAUCGAUCACCAGAGUGCGCCUUCUUUGUCCUUGUCAAGAAAUUCGACGGCACCAGAAAGAAGACGAGCCGAGCCAAGGCCAGUCGCGGCUCAAAGGCCUCUCGGCUGUCGGUUCAAUCGGUCGCCUCAGAGACACUGUCAACUGGAGAUACAACCGCGGUAGGUGACGAUAGUAUCGUCACCACGAGCUCUACCAUGUCUCAGGGGGGAAGGAAAGCAAAGGGCAAAAAGGGCGCGGCCGCCAAGGGCAGCCGGAGCAAAGCCAAGAAGAACGAGCCUGCGGAAACCGAAGAUGCCAACGAACACGAAGAAGUUGCACCGCCUCCGAAGCCAGCAAAGUCUACGCGUGGCAAGAAGCGCGGCAGCGAGGCCGUCGACGACGCAAGCAUGUCGAUUUCGGAAGCGCCAGUGACUAAGAAACGAACGACACGGCCUCGAAGCAGCACCGUCACCGAUGCCUCGACCGUCAUUGCCGACGAUAGCGAGAUUGCCGACGCGCCCGGGCCGUCUCGCAAGGCUUCGGGCCGCAGAAAGAAUCCGGGAUCGAGCGCAAAGACCAGCCGACAGGUGUCAGCCUUCUCGACCGUCUCUACCGCGUCCAUGGCAUCACUGAGAGCACCGGUUGACGAGUUCCCGGACGACGAAGAGAUCGAGCGCCAGUUGGAAGCCGACCUCGCUAGAGAGUCGGAUGAGGACGACCAAGUCGAGGCGCAUCAUGCUGAGCCAGGCGUGGAAAAGCAUCUAGAGGAUGCUGCGCUGCAGGCCUCUGGCGACUACGCCAUGUUUGAUCCUGCCGAGGCCGAUCCAGAUGACGCCGCCGUGGAAGAGGAACUGCUGGCUCUGCAAGCGGAGAUGCAAGUCGAUGAGCCAGAGCAGCCGCAGGUUCCCAAGAAGGGCCGCAAGGCCGCCACGCGCAAGGCUUCUGAGCAAACCAAGACGAAGCCGGCAAAGGCAGCGACGCCGCCCCCUGAAGAGGAAGCCUCAGUACCAGAGCUGCCGAGCGAGGAAGUCGAGGAGCCGCAUGAUGUGACAGUCGGGAGCACCGACACGUCGAUUGAUGCAGAGGCGCCGCCUCCGCCCCAGCCAGUCGCCAAACGUGGUCGAGGCCGUCCGUCCAAGGAGUCGCUGGCGUCUCGAGUGUCUACCGACUCUGUGAAGCUGAUGGAACCCACCGCACCGGCCCUUAUCGAGCCUGCCGAGCAGCCAGUGACGGGAAAACGUGCAAAGGGAACACGUGGCCGCCCAUCUAAGUCAUCUCCGGCAUCGCAAGCCUCCGUCGCCGACAACGAGAGCGGACGCGGAAGGCGGUCCAAGAAGGCAAAAGAAUCAGUGGAAGCACUACCGCCUCAACCCGUCAUGGCAGUCGAUGAAGCACAGGCAGAAGCAGAUGACCUGGCCGAUGCGACUGAGGGUGUAGAAGCGAUGCAGCUCGAAGAAGAGCGGAGCAGCCUAUCCGUCGCCAAAGAGCAGAAUAUGCCGCCGCCGACCGAGCCUGCCACCCAGCACUUGACUGAGCCUCGGUCCACGCCGGCCAAGGUUAUUUCACCAGCACCUUCGGCGAGACAAGCUGCUUUGUCGCCUUCUCCAUCGCCGCAAUCAUCCGAUGCGGAAAACCAACCUCCUUCGUCCAAACCGCUGGCUAGCACUUCGGCGAAGAGGGUCGUCCUCGCUCCGGUCACGGCGACGCCGAUGCGCGGCUCUCCGACGAAGCGCAACGUGCUUGCGGGACUGGAGAGCUCGACCCCCUGGACGGCAGUCAACCUCGAGGCCGUGCUGGGAACUCCCGAGGCCGGCGCGGACAAGGAGAACACGGUGGGGCGCAUGCUCAAGAAGGGCAAAGAGCUGACGAGCCCCGAGAAGGGCAUGACGGUGGAGGAGUGGAUCUACUUCAACGCGGGCGAGGCGGAGAAGAAGCUCAAGCACGAGUGCGAGACCAUGGUCAGCAAGUUCGAGCGCGAGGGCACGAGGGCCAUGAAUGUGCUCGAAGGACUCUCUGCCGAGUAA